CGCCACAACGCCCGAUUGGCGGAGCGCGUCGUCGCUUCGUCGUCGUCGUCGUCGUCGCCGCGUAGCUGCGCCACGAGGGGGUCGGGAGCGAGGGGCGAGACUGGCAAUGCCACCCGGCAGGGCUGCCGCGGGAGGGAGGAUAAUAAGCAUACGAGGGAGAGAGGAAGAGAGAGAAGGUGAGAGCGAGAGAGAGUAGUAAGGACUCAGAAGCGAAGAGGGCCGAACGCAGCCGAAGCGUCCGCAAGACAGGCGCGCGCGCGAGCUUGAGAAGCUCGGCGAGGGGCAAGCGGGAAGGUAGGAUCACAGAGAGAGAGAGAGAGGGAACGAGAGAGAAAGAGAGAGAGAGACACGCAGAGUGGGGAGCAGAGCAAGAGAGAUGGCGCUAGUGUUGCUACCAGAGAGGGGUGCGCUACGGUCGUAGCUCGGGUUUUGCCGCCGCAUUCUCGAGCGCUCGUCUCUUCGCACGGCAGCCAGGCGAACGAGUGCACGUUCAUCGUGUCGCGUAUAUACGGGGCACGUAUGAUCCGUUAAUUUCGCGUGUUUUGUGUUCGGAAAGAGAGAGAAACAGUACGUUACCACCACACAUCGACGACCACGGUCGCGCUCUCGCGUGCGGUGUUGGCGCGCGCGGUAGCCAACGCUGCUCUCGUCGUUCCUUCCUCUCCGUUUCCAGUGCGUGCGACAGUGAGAUAUAUCGGAAGAUCGCGGCGUCUCGCUCGGAGCGCGCCGUAAUUUCCAUCCAGUGACGCAACCUUCUCGUCGCCUUCUUGCCGACGACGACGACGACGACGACGACGACGCUAUCUCUCGCGACCGUUCUGGGAACCGUUGGCGUAGUGGCCGUAGAGGCGUAGUAGUACGACGCGAAGUCGUUGGCGAGUCAGGGCGUCGCGCGGUCGUCCUCUCGCGGCUCAUGUGCCCGCGAGCCGAGACGGAGUGCGCGCGAGACGGGAGGCACUUGACGUUAUCGUUCGACUCGUUGUCGUUAUUUCGAGCUGUUUCUCGGACAAGCAGUGCUGUGGAGGAGGCUCGUGUGCGCGGCCAGCAUCGAUCUUCGCUUCGUUGCGCGGAGUGAUACGAGGAGAACGAGCGAGAUAGAGCUAUAGAGUGAGAGAAAAAGAGAAAGAGAGAGAGAGAGAGAGAGAAAGAGCGAAAGAGAAGAGCGCGCGGAACGUACGCGGUCCUUCGUUUCGUCUCGGCUCUCAGUGUGCGUUGUGUGGCGUAGGAAUACGCGGCACGAUAGGUCGCGUGAGCGAGCGAGAAGGCGAGAUCAAGGUGCACGGACGACGCUGUGAGCGGCGACGAACGGUACGGUGUGCGAAGAUACAAGGAUACAUUGCUAUUCGCGAGAUAAGGGGAGCCCGGGAUUAGACGUACGCGCGCGAAAACAACGCAGUGGAUGUGAGUGAUAAGCCGCGGCGGGAACAACAACCACUGGUACUGUUACCACCACCACCACCACCACCACUACCACCACUACCACCACUACCACCAUCCACCUAGCUAGCUAGCUAUCAGCAGCAGCAACUCUUGGAGAGAUCGAGUACGUUGCUAUCAUCUACCAGCUAGAAGAUGAUGGGCAAGAGGACGCAGUGCUACCUGUGCGACCUGCCCAGGAUGCCCUGGGCGAUGAUAAUGGACUUCUCAGAGCCGGUGUGCCGCGGCUGCGUCAACUAUGAGGGCGCCGAUCGCAUCGACCUCGUGCUCGAGUCAGCUAAGCAGCUGAAGAAGGCGCACGGCUUCCAGGACGCGCGGCCCUCCGCCUCCAAGACAUAUCGCACCGCGGCCGCGCACAGCGAGCACAACGGCGGCGCGAAUCUCGACGUGCUGCCGAUCCAGAAUACCGCCGCCGGCCAAGGCCACUCGCGGCACCACAACAUCGCGGCCGGCUACUCGCAGCUGCACCAUCGUAACUCCAUCACCGAGUUCAACUCGGGCUCGGCCGCGGCCGCCCGCCAGCAGAUCGGCCGGCAGCACGAGGAGGGCCACGAGAUGGCGAACGGCAUGAGAGGCAACAACGUGCGUCUGCCGAGCGCCCAUCUGGCGGCCGUAGCGGCGCACCAUGUGAGCAUGAGCCACAACCGCAGCAUGACAGCGCAGCUGAAGCGCGGCAUCUCGGCGAUCGACGAGGACGAGCACGCCGAGAAGAGGCUCUCUCUGGAGGAACAGCAUCCAGUCAGGCCGCCGUUGACGCGCGGCGAUUCUCUGCCCGCGGUCAGCCUGGCGGUCAGCUACGUGCAGGACAGGAACAAGGAGAAGCACCCGGUGCGUGCGCCCAGCUUCGAGACCGCGACCACCUUCAAGGCCAACGGUUCGUACGUCGGACCAUCCAUCCCGUUGGCACCGGCUAAUGUUGCGGCUAACGGUGGAGGAUCACCUCUUCGUCCUAGGACGAGUCCUCCUCCGCCGCCACCGCCAGCACAGGAAAACGCCAAUGAUAAUUCGCAAUCCAAUCAUCAUCAGGGUUCAGCGAACGGGCCGUCACCGAUGGCCGCUUUGAUGUCAGUCGCCGACAAUCUGACAUCUCCAGAGCCAGUGCCACAGCCGCCGAACAAUCCCAGUCCCACCAGCAGAAGUCCGCCAACCACGGCUGCGAAUGCUCAACAGCGUAGCGCUUCUAGAGGCUCUCAGCACAGCCCGAACAGUUCAGGUUCGGGCAGACGGUCCAGUAGUUCCAGGCAGGUGUCGUCGACGACUGUCACGACAUCCUCUGAGGGCGCAGUUGCCCAAGCUGCUGGCGCCGAGCCGGUCUCAGCGCCUACUUUGAAAUGUACGCUGUGUCAGGAACGCUUGGAGGACACGCACUUUGUUCAGUGUCCUAGCGUGCCGCACCACAAGUUCUGCUUCCCCUGCAGUCGGGAGAGCAUAAAGAGACAGGGAGCCGGCUCAGAGGUUUAUUGUCCGAGUGGUGAGAAGUGCCCGCUGGCCAACAGUCAGGUGCCAUGGGCCUUUAUGCAGGGUGAGAUCGCCACCAUACUCGGCGAGGACACCCCGGGCUCCGCGCUCAAGGUCAAGAAGGAGAGAGAAACUUAAGGGAGCCUCAUGAUGUCGAUUCAGGGCUCAAAUUUUCCGACCUCCGUUUAAAGAGGGGGUCUGUUAAACUGGUGGAAACCGUGAAGGUUUUGCCGAACGCUUUUGGUAACGGUGAUAAGAAAAAAAAUGAAGACACCGUUGGCCACGCGUGAGGCCAACGGAAACGACUCGAGCCAAAGACGUUGUCUGGUGCGAUAUGGAUUCUCACAAAGUUGUUGACGUUGU